CUCUCUCCUCGUCGGCUUAUCCGUAACACAGGAAUUCGAACCCCAUUUCCUCACAACUUCUGAUUAGCUGGACACGCCUUGUAAACCAGGUUGCAAGUCAUCCAGACUUCCAGUCUUCCAAACUAGUACCUCAGACGGUGAAAGAUUACAAGAACGCAUAUACACCAGCAUAUCGUAGCCCGCGAUUUCUCAAUACAGACAGGCGUUGCAACCACGAUGUUCAGCUUUCGCUGGCUCAGGCCCCCACCCCAAAAGCCAUUCUAUUACUCGCAAAUGAACCCCGAAGAGCGGAUUCUGUGGGAGAUCAUCGGCGAAGAGGAAACGAUAAGCUAUUUCGAGAAGAGCGGCAAGAUCAAGACACGCAAGCUCACGAGACAGGAACGCGCAUACAAUCAAAAGGUGCUUUUCGAUACGCGAGUCGGGCAUAGCAUUGUCGGAGAUGAUUGGAUGAGAAAGGCGUUGCCCAGUCCGGGGAGAAAGUUGAGGAAGGAAGGAGCGCGCGAGAAGAGUGACGGGUCAGCGAGUAGCAAGGAGAGGGCGGGGCGGCCCGCGGGAGAGUGGGUGAGGGAUUGACGGUGUGAGCGGGAUAUUUGUUGUGCGUACUAAUGGAUGGCACUAAUGGAUUGCCUAGUAUGGUUGUUGUGGGCGGUUGAUGUGGAGAUUGAUGGG